UAAGGAAGAAAGAGAAAAUCCUGCAAAAAGAAGUAGAAUUGAACGGCAUAUAGAUAACAACUUGAUUACGUCCACACCUCAAACAGGAGAAAAGCCUAACAAACAGAUCUCUCGAGUACGACGGAAAAGUCAAGUGAAUGGAGAAGCUGGAAGUUAUGAAAUGACAAAUCAACAUGUAAAGCAAAAUGGGAAAUUAGAAGAUAAUCCUACUACUGGCAGUCCCCCACGAACUACAUUAUUGGGCACCAUAUUUUCCCCUGUCUUCAAUUUUUUCUCACCAGCAAAUAAAAAUGGAACGUCAGGAUCAGAUUCCCCAGGACAGGCCGUUGAAGCUGAAGAGAUAGUCAAGCAGCUUGACAUGGAACAGGUAGAUGAGAUUACUACAAGUACUGCUACAUCAACCAAUGGAGCAGCCUACACGAGCCAAGCGGUGCAGGUCAGGUCUGUUGUCAACAAUGGUUUGGAGGAAGUGGAGGAGACAAACGAUCGAGAUCUGCCACCGCUUACAGCACCAGUAUCUCCAGACAGUGGCUACUCAUCAGCUCAUGCAGAAGCCACCUACGAAGAAGACUGGGAAGUCUUUGAUCCAUACUAUUUCAUCAAACAUGUUCCGCCACUAACAGAAGAACAACUUAACAGGAAGCCAGCUCUUCCACUGAAAACGAGAAGCACACCAGAAUUCUCAUUAGUUCUAGACUUGGAUGAAACGUUAGUGCACUGUAGUCUAAAUGAAUUAGAAGAUGCUGCACUCACUUUUCCAGUCCUUUUUCAAGAUGUAAUUUACCAGGUUUAUGUCCGGUUAAGGCCAUUCUUCAGAGAAUUCCUGGAACGUAUGUCUCAGAUUUAUGAGAUCAUUCUUUUUACUGCUUCUAAGAAGGUGUAUGCAGACAAGUUACUGAACAUACUAGACCCGAAAAAGCAACUGGUCAGGCAUCGACUAUUCCGUGAGCAUUGUGUUUGUGUACAAGGAAACUACAUAAAGGAUUUAAACAUUCUUGGUAGAGAUCUUUCAAAAACGAUCAUCAUCGACAAUUCACCACAAGCCUUUGCCUAUCAGCUUUCAAAUGGAAUUCCUAUUGAAAGCUGGUUCAUGGAUAAAAAUGACAAUGAACUCCUAAAAUUGAUUCCGUUUCUGGAGAAACUUGUAGAGCUGAAUGAAGAUGUCCGACCUCACAUCAGAGACAGAUUUCGCUUGCAUGACUUGCUACCCCCUGAUUAAAGCCUUUUGCCUAAUUACUGAAGGGGGAGAAAAUGCAGGACCCUUUUGGACUAAAACAAAAACAUUGCCAUUACUGUUGAAAUUUUGCAUUUUUGUACCCCGUCUUGCUUUUCUUAUCUUUGGUGCCCAACAAUAAUCAAGGGUUACAGAAAGAGACUUUGUAUAUCUGAGAUUGGAUACACACAGUACGAUACAGUACAACCCAGUAGGUAGGCUAGAACA